AUGAAGCACGAAACGCACGGUGAUGUGGUCAAACGCCUGAAACGGGCAUCCGGCCACUUGCAGAAAACGAUCUCGAUGAUCGAGGACGGGCGGUCCUGCGUUGAUGUCGCCCAGCAGCUCCAUGCCGUAAGCAAGGCGAUCGAGCAGGCGAAGCGCGUGUUCAUCCACGAUCACAUCGACCACUGUCUCGAGGGCAGCGCCAACGAACCGAGGGAUCAGGCCGCUCUCGCGUGUGCGAUGGAUAUCAACGCUGCCGUCGCAGCGGGGGCGGAGAAUCCGCUGCUGCUGUUUGCAAUGGCGCUGGUGCUGGGAGCCCUGCACGGGCUUGAGCCCGGGCACAGCAAGACCAUGAUGGCGGCCUAUAUCAUCGCCAUCCGCGGCACCGCGUUUCAGGCGUUGUUGCUUGGCCUUUCGGCGGCGGCCUCGCAUGUCGUCAUCGUCUGGCUUCUUGCAAUCCUCGGACUCCGCUAUGGCAACGAACUGAUCGGGGACGAUCUCGAGCCGGUUCUCAUGGCGGUCUCCGGCGUCAUCAUCGUGGGCGUGGGCCUCUGGGUCUUGCGGCAGGCCCUUGGGGAGCGGAGAGGGCGCCGCCACGACCUCUCACAUGAGCCCGUUCACAGGCACCAUGCCGUUGCGGCCGGAGUGUCCGCGCAUCAUGCGGCCCCUCAUCGGCAUGAUCAUUUUCACGCUCAUGCCCAUGGGGGGAGCACCGGUUACCGGCAUCCCCGCGACAUCGCGCAGGCGGAUGCUCACACGAUGGCACAUGCUCGCCAGAUCGAGGCCCGGGUGCAGGAUGGCCGGACAUCGACGUUGCAGACCAUCCUGCUCGGCCUUUCCGGCGGGUUGAUCCCCUGUCCCGCCGCGAUCACGGUGCUUCUGCUGUGCCUUCAGCUCAAGAAGAUGGCCCUUGGCCUCACGCUGGUUGCCGCAUUCAGUGUUGGCCUGGCGGUGACGCUCGUUGCCGUCGGCAUCACGGCGGCCGUGGGAGUUCGUUAUGCAGCCCACCGGACGCCAUGGCUCGACAGGCUCUUGCAGAAGGCCCCUUUCGCGUCCGCCGUCCUCAUCUGUCUGCUCGGCAUCGUGAUGAUCGUCUCCGCGAUCGGCCAUGGUCAUCCCUGCAGCCUUGCCGGAGCGAUAUCCUUCCUCGCCCAUGAUCUGUCUUGCGAGUGCCUGAACCGCCCGCGAGCUUGCAUUCCUGCCGACACGUACGACGGUUGCGACGUGGGGCGGAGGCGCGAAGCCGUCUGCAAUGGCCUCGAUUUCAGGGCCCACAUGAUCCGCGCUGAUCAACGUGACGCCCAAGCCGGAUUUCAGGGCGGACAGUAUGCCGGCAAGGCUUGCGCAUCUCAUGACGGUCGAAAAGCCAUGCGGAGGCAGCGGAAACGCUUCCAUGGCCCAGCGGCGAUAGAAGCAGGUGUCAUCGAAGGCGAGGAACGGGAUCGGCCGUUGCCAGUCGAGCUCCAGGUCGCGGGACUUCGCCCAGACCAGUUCGCUCUCGGAGAGGAGAAGGUCGUCGUGGCGCUUCCGGUCCCGGAAAGUCUGGAAGAUGCCGAUAUCGAUCUCGCCCCGGUCAAGCUGGGUGGCAAUCGUCAGGCUCUGGGCGACGUCGGUAAGGACCGUGACGUCGGGCUGCAAUCGCGUGAAGUGUCCGAGGACGCGGGCCAAUGCGCCAUGCGUUGCCUGUUCGGUGAUGCCAAGGCGGAUCAGGCCACUCAGCGGAUCGGUGCUCAGGCUUGCGACGGCCUCAUUGUUGAUCGCCAGAAUGCGACGGGCGUAGUGGAGAAGGCGCUCUCCCUCCGGCGUGAAGACCGAUUGUCCUGGCCGACGGUUGAGAAGCGUGCAGCCAAGUCCUUCCUCAAGGCGCCGGAUCUUGUGGGACACGGCCGACUGGGAGAGACCCAGAUGGUGUGCCGCCCGCGUCACGCCGCCGUGGUCCCUGAUCGCGCAGAGCGCCUGAAGUGCGCCGAUGUCGAGUUUCGGAGUCAUGUCGUGAGCAUGACAGAUAUCGCUGAAAACAGGCUGGCCUAUGGGGUUCAUGGGGAAGGCGAACCGGUGGUGCUCUUGCACGGGACGCCGUCUUCCUCCCUGAUCUGGCGUAACGUCGUGCCACGUCUCGUGGCGGCCGGAUACAAGGUGCACGUCUACGACCUCCUGGGGUAUGGCCGGUCCGAGCGCCCCGUGGACCCGUCCGUGGAUACCUCAGUCAGCGCGCAGGUUCCGCUGCUGGAAAAGCUUCUGGCGCAUUGGGACCUGGAUACGGUGCAUCUCGUCGGCCAUGAUUUCGGCGGCGGGAUCGCGCAACGUUUCGGUGUUUUCCAUCCUGACCGGCUGCGUUCGCUCACGCUCAUGGAUGCGGUCUGUUUCGACAGUUCCCCCUCCAGGCAGGCCCAGGAGCAACUGGCCGGGGGGCUUGAGGCCUUGAUCAAGGCGCCCGACGACGAGCAUCGUGCCCAUUUCCGCCAGUGGCUGCUGUCGGCGGUUUGGGACAAGGAUGCCUUUGCCGCAGGGCCGCUCGAGACCUACGUCGACAUGAUUUCGGGGCCGAUCGGUCAGGGUAGCUACUUUCAGCAUCAGGCGCGCCACUAUCAGGCGAAGCACACGAUGGAGGUGGCGGACCGCUUGCCUGAACUCGGAAGGCUGCCGGUGAAGAUUAUCUGGGGCGCGGAUGAUGCCUGGCAGUCCGUCACGUGGGCGGAGCGCCUGCACCGCACGAUCCCGGGUUCCGAGCUGAGUGUGCUUGAAAAUACCGGGCACUUCGCGCCCGAGGACCGGCCCGAGGAGAUCGCCGACCUCCUGAUCGCCUUCCUUGCCAAGGCGUCCCGGCAGGGGCGUGCGGCGUGA